CCGGAAACCGCUAGACGCUCGCACUAGCUCCGGUUUCCUCUCUGUGGUGUUUUGGUCCAGUCGAGCCCACUCUCAAAAAUGACAGCAAGGAAGUCCGGCUCACGACUGGAGACCGAGAUAGAGCGGUGCCGUUCUGAGAGUCAAUGGGACAAGAUACCGGAGCUGGUCCGCCAGCUGUCCGCCAAACUCAUAUCAAACGAUGACCUAGGUGAGUUGUUGCUUGGGGAAUGUAAGCUUCAGACGUACCUGAAGGAGAACCCCAUCAAACAGGGAGCCAGUCCCAGGGGCCCACGACCUAAACUGGUGGAGGUCAGGAAACACCUCACUGCUGCUCUUGACAGAGGAAACCUUAAGGCGGAUUACCUCCAGGAGGCCAGUCUGCUGAUGGCCAAACUCUGCUAUGUGGAGGGAGAACACAGGGACGCGUUAGGUCACUACAGCAGGGUGAACCUGGAUGACAUGCAGCUGGGGGGAGCUCCCGUGUACAGGCUAUCCAUGAUAGCUGAGGCAUAUGCUACCAAAGGACUGUGCUUAGAGAAGGUCCCAGCAGCCUCUCCGUCUCUAUCCAAUAAGAACACUGGGUCGCCCUCGUCCAAUAGGAGCACAACGGACCAGGACCAGGAAAUCAUCACCUGCUAUGAAAAGUCCGGAGACAUUGCUCUGCUUUACCUGCAGGAGGCUGAGAAGGCCUUAUCGGCAGGAAUUCAGAACCGCAGCCCGAAGCCCGGCCCGACCGCCCAAGACCUGGAACUGGGCUACUUCCUGGAGACGGGCCUGCAGAGAGCCCACGUCAUCCACUUCAAGAACGGCAACCUGACACAAGGCGUGGGCCGUUUUCGGGAGAUUCUUCGGGCUGUUGAGAACAGAACCACCCAGAGCCUCCGCAUGACCAUAGCCAGACAGCUUGCAGAGAUCUUGCUCAGAGGAAUGUGUGAACAGAGUUACUGGUCUCCUCUGGAAGACCCGCCCACCGUGUCACCAUUGGAUGAUCCCACGCGGCAGGGACACACUCACACCAAGAACUACAGCUUAAGCCGACGCCCACGCGUGUACUCGGGAGAGAAUCUGUUUUGCCCUCAGGAGAACACAGAAGAAGCUUUGCUGCUGCUGCUCAUCAGUGAGUCCAUGGCUAACCGGGACGCCGUCCUGAGCAGAAUCCCUGAACACAACAACGAUCGCAUUAUCAGCCUGCAGUCUGCGUCGGUGGUGUACGACCUGCUGACUAUAGCUCUGGGCAGGAGAGGGCAGUAUGAGAUGCUGUCAGAGUGUUUGGAGAGAGCCAUGAAGUUUGCCUUUGAGGAGUUCCACUUGUGGUACCAGCUCGCCCUGUCGCUGAUGGCAGCUGGGAAAUCAGCCCGUGCCGUUAAAGUCCUUAAGGAGUGUAUUCGUCUGAAGCCUGACGACCCCACCAUCCCGCUGCUGGCUGUCAAGCUGUGCAUCGGACCGCUGCACUGGUUGGACGAAGGGGAGUGCUUUGGAAAGAUUGUGAUUGACAUGGGGGAGAAAGCAGCAGAGUUCAGAGCCAAAGGCUUCUUGGCCAUCGGGCUGGUUUACAGCCUCAAAGCCACUGACGCAUCAUUGCGAAGCACACAGGAGGAGUACCAGAGGAAAGCUUUGGGAGCCUUCCAGAGAGCUCAGAGUCUAUCCCCUACCGACCAUCUAGCAGCCUUCUACUUGGCGCUGCAGCUUGCUGUGUCCAGACAGAUCCCAGAAGCACUAGGCUAUGUACGCCAGGCGUUACAGCUCCAAGGGGACGAUGUCCACUCCCUUCAUCUGCUCGCCCUGCUGCUCUCUGCUCAGAAGCACUACCACGAUGCUCUCAAUAUUAUAGAGAUGGCCCUGUCUGAGUACCCAGAGAACUUCAAUCUGCUGUAUACCAAGGUGAAGCUGGAGUCAAUGUGUAGAGGGCCAGAGGAAGCUUUACUCACCUGCAAACACAUGCUGCAGAUCUGGAAGAGCUUCUACAACCUUACCAACCCCAGUGAUUCUGGGCGGGGCAGCAGUCUGUUGGACCGAGCCAUGGCAGACAGACGACAGCUCAACGCCAUGACUCUGCCUGACUUCAGUGACCCAGACACGGUCUCAGGUUCUUCCACUUCUCACUCUGGUUCUGAACCGGUCUCCCCCACCUCCCCAUCCACCCUCUCCUCCCCACUGUCCUCCCCUGCCUCUCCUUUUUUUCCUGUCUUCAUCUACCAGCCGUCUCAGUUUCCUCCACCCAAAAACCCAUCCUUCCUCCCUCCUCUUCCUCCACAUCCUCCUGCACCCACCAAGACCAGGACUCAGUCCUUUUGCAACCACGUCUGUCUCCGACAGCUAUCCUCCAAUUGCGGUCUUCAGGACGCUAACACUCUUGGUUUUUCCUCCAUGUUUUCUGUUUGCUCGGUUCAUGCUACAUCCAUAGCAGCCAGUCGCGUGGAGCAGGCCCUGUCGGAGGUAGCCUCCUCUCUGCAGAGCAGUGCCCCCAAACACGGACCCAUGCACCCCUGGAUGACCCUGGCUCAGAUCUGGCUGCAUGCAGCCGAGGUGUACACCGGCAUGUCGAAGCCUGCAGAGGCCUCGGCCUGCACGCAGGAAGCCUCCAACCUCUUCCCCACAUCCCAUAAUGUGCUGUACAUGAGGGGGCAGGUUGCUGAACUUAGGGGCAACGUAGAGGAGGCCAAACGCUGGUAUGAAGAAGCCCUGUCCAUCAACCCAACGCAUGUCAAGACCAUGCAGAGACUGGGUCUGAUUCUUCACCAGCUGCAGCGCUACAGUCUGUCGGAAAAAGUCCUCAGGGAUGCGGUGCAGGUCAACAGCACGGCUCAUGACGUGUGGAACAGCCUCGGCGAGGUGUUGCAGGCUCAGGGAAACGCUGCCGCUGCCACCGAGUGUUUCCUCACUGCCUUGGAGCUGGAGGCCAGCAGCCCCAUUCUGCCCUUCACCAUCAUACCCAGAGCGCUAUGAAACACACACACACACACACACACCCCUUCACAGCCAUAGCCUCAGUUCUUUAACACAGUGGCACAUAUGACGGACCUGUAAGCUGCAAACACCCAGUUGACACCCAGUAAGCCUGCAUGCCAUCUACACACACUGCCGUACCCUAAUUGUAAAUACACACACACUGUAUAGAAAUGUAGAUAGUACACAUAAACAUACUUGUAUGCUUCCCCUAAGUCAACCCAUCCUUCCCACAAUGCCUUUCUGUGGCUGUGAACUCUGUGCGUGUGUGUAAACCCAUUUCUAUGUGUGCGUGUGCCAACAUGUUGCCCGUGAGUCUCUGGCCGUACUUGAUUUGUAGUGUGCUGUGUGUUUUUGUUCAUUACUGAAGAUGUAAAUAAGAUUGAAGGAGUUGAGUUCCAACUCUUGCGUUGGAAGUAUUCAGAAGCCUAAGAGUUUACAUUUUGUUUACAUGUUAUUUAGUCCAUUAGAGUUUCCUUUACAAGCAAAAUGUUACUGAUAAUCUCAACACACACACACACACUCACUCGGUGUUCGGCUGGCUCACUCUCUCUUUGAGCUUCGACAGACCCGAUCAACAAAGACUGUAUAGUUGAAAUGCCAGAACACACACAGCAGAUCAGAUUUAGAGCCGCUGAUGUUCAAAGGAUGGCUGCUCUUUUUAUUU